CGAAGCAUGUGACGUAGAAUAUCUGCGCACGAGCGACCCACACGUGUGGUUUAGAUGUGUAAAAGUGUAGCAUAUUGGUGCUAAAUUCAGCCGUCAAGCCGCCGCCACAAACAUGGGGAAGAAACUCAAAGUCGGAAAGACCAGGAAGGAUAAAUUCUACCACUUAGCCAAAGAAACAGGUUACAGAUCCCGUUCCUCAUUCAAACUCAUCCAACUCAACAGAAAAUAUCAGUUUCUACAGAAAGCCAGGGCUCUGGUGGAUCUGUGUGCCGCUCCUGGCGGAUGGCUGCAGGUGGCGUCCAAAUUUAUGCCCAUUUCAAGCCUUGUUAUUGGCGUUGACCUGGUGCCCAUCAAGCCUAUCCCUAACGUAGUGACCCUCCAGGAAGACAUCACAACUGAGAAAUGCAGACAGGCGCUCAGAAAGGAGCUGCAGACGUGGAAGGUUGACGUCGUGUUGAAUGACGGCGCUCCAAACGUGGGCGCCAACUGGCAACACGACGCUUUCUCCCAAGCCCACCUGACCCUCAUGGCCUUGAAGCUGGCCUGCGACUUCUUGAAUAAAGGGGGCACGUUCGUCACAAAGGUCUUCCGCUCCAAAGACUACCAGCCUCUGCUGUGGAUCUUCCAGCAGUUCUUCAAGAAGGUGCAGGCCACCAAGCCCCAAGCCUCUCGGAACGAGUCGGCUGAGAUAUUUGUCGUUUGCCAGGGUUUCCUAGCUCCUGACAAGAUUGAUGCAAAGUUCUUUGAUCCAAAGUAUGCGUUUAAAGAGGUGGAGGUGCAGGCCAAAACUGUGAAAGAGCUGAUUCCUGACAAGAAGCCAAAGGCGGAGGGCUACACGGAUGGCGACCUGACACUCUUCCACAGUUUGACUGCUACCGCCUUCCUCAAAGCUGAAAACCCUGUGGACUUUCUGGGCAAAGCCAGUGAGAUCACCUUCGACAACCAAGACCUGGAAGCUCACACCACCACCACCGACGAGAUCAAGGAGUGCUGUCGUGACAUCAAAGUUUUGGGCCGCAAAGAACUCCGCGUGCUGCUGAACUGGAGGACCAAGAUGAGGAGACACCUGGCCAAGAAACUGAAGGAGGAGGCCAAGCAGCUGGACCAGGAGAUCAGCUUAAGUUCUGACGAAGAGGCGGGCAACUCAGACGACGAGCCAGGCAAAAAGGACAAGGAAGGGGACGACGAGGAGGAAAUGGAGAAGAAACUGGCCGAGCUGAAAGCGGAGGAGGUGGCCGAUCUCAAGCGUAAGAAGAGGAAGCUGCUAAAAGAGCGCAGGAAGCAGAGAGAGCGCGUGGAGCUGAAGAUGGAUCUUCCAGGUGUAUCCAUUGCUGACAACAAUGACGUCUGCCUUUUCUCCCUACACACCAUGAAGAAGAAGCAGGAAUUAGCCAGCAUAUCCAAGGGAGACAUGCAGGCAGCAGACGACCUCGGGGACAGCGAGGAUGACAUCUACCAGUCUGAGGACGAGAAAGACGAAGCAGAUAAGAUGUCCCUGGCCUCUGACUUAGACAACGAAGACAUGGAGGAGGUGGAGCACAGACAAAAGGAGCUGGAGAAGAAAGCAGCAAAGCAGCAGCAGAAGAAAGUGACGUUCACAGAGGAAGAGGAGGUGGACGAAGGGGAAGACGGUGGCUUGCUGGUGGAGCUGGAAGGAAAGGACGAGAAGAGAGAGAAUGAGACCAACUUGUGGUUCAGCAAGGACAUCUUCUCUGAGCUCGAGCUGGAAGGAGACGCCGAGAGCGAGCUCAGGCAGACGCAGUGGCUACAAAGCAAACAAGCAGGAAAAGGCAAAAAGAGGAAAGCGGAGAAGGAAGCGGGAGAGGAGGAGGCUGUUCCAGCGCAAGAGAAAGAGGCGGGGCCUUCACAAGAAGUCGUAGACGACAGCGACAGUGACUCCGAUGACAGCAGCGAUGAUGACGAAUACAUCACCAAGAUGAAGAAAGCCAAAGGUGGAAGCGGGACGGGCCAAGCUGAAGACGGCGACGAAGACUUCCAGGUUGUUCCCAUUGAAAGCACCAGUAAGAAAGCCCGCAUCCUGGAUGCAGAAGGCCUCGCCCUUGGCUGCGAGAUCGCCACAUCCAAGAAGAAAGCCAGAGACCUGGUGGACAACUCUUUCCACAGGUUUGCCUCGUCCGACGAGCCGUGGGAGGUGCCCGAGUGGUUCCUGGCUGACGAGAGCAAACACAGGAGGAAGCCGGUGCCGGUCACCAAGGAGAUGGUGGAAGAGUACAAACAGAAGUGGAAGGAGAUCGAUGCCCGGCCCAUUAAGAGGGUCGCUGAAGCCAAGGCCAGGAAGAAGAGGAGGAUGCUGAAGAAGAUGGAGCAGGCGAAGAAGAAAGCAGAGGCAGUUGUGAACACCGUAGACAUUUCUGAGAGAGAGAAGAUGGCUCAGCUCAAAAGCAUCUACAAGAAAGCCGGCGUGGGAAAAGAAAAGAGAGAGGUGACGUACGUCGUUGCCAAAAAGGGAGCCGGCAAGAAAGUGAGGCGGCCUCCUGGCGUCAAAGGCGUCUUUAAAGUGGUGGACGGUCGCAUGAAGAAAGACAUGCGGGGAAUGCAAAGGAAAGAACAGAAAGCAAAGGGCGGCAAAGGGAAAGGAAGACCAUCAAAAGGCGGCAAUAAAGGAGUGAAAACUGGUAAAGGGCGAAAAGGGAAAUAAAGUUCCAUUUUGUCUGGUUGAAUUACUCUGAAUCAAACUUUAUGAGCUUGAUGAACUCCAUCUUGAACUGCCACUUGGAAAUCUUUAAAAUAGAAAUGUCUUCAAGCUGUUUCCAGUAUCAAGGAACGUUGUCAAUUUGAACCCAUGCAUUUUUUGUAAAUAUUCUAUACACAUUUUUGCAAUAAAUAUGUUUUGAAGGCGGGCUGUCCAAACUCCACAGAGGGCUGCAUACUGAAAAAUGAAAGAAUAAGCAAAUGCUAAGAAGUUAUAAAUAUUUCUAGAAAAAACUGCAUCUCAGCAUUGAUAUGGGUGAAAAACUUAUUGUGAACAUUAGUCUUUGCUCUUUUCCCCAUUUUUUUUUUUACAUUUUCCAAAUAAUUCAAC